AUGUCGGAAGGAGCGCUGAAGCCGGAGAAGGACUUCUCCAAGGAGGUCGACAAGCAGCUCCCGGAAGCCGAGGCAUUGGCCAAGAAUGACCUCCAGGGAGCGAUGGAGAAGCUCGUGGCGCUCGAGAAGCAGACCCGCCAGGCGUCCGAUCUCGCAUCCACGUCACGCGUGCUCGUCGCCAUCGUGACGCUAUGCAAGGUCGCCGGGGAUUGGAGCUUGAUGAACGAGCAGACCAUGGUCCUGUCCAAGAAGCACAGCCAGCUGAAGCAGGCCAUCACCAAAAUGGUGCAGACCGUCGUGGGCUUCCUCGACGAAACGCCCGACCUCAAGACGAAGCUAUCCGUCAUCGAGACGCUCCGAACCGUCACCGAGGGCAAGAUCUUUGUCGAGGUCGAGCGGGCCCGGGUAACCAAGGUCCUGUCCGACAUCAAGAAGGAGCAGGGCGACAUCAAGGCGGCCACCGAGGUCCUGUGCGAGCUGCAGGUCGAGACGUUUGGAUCGAUGGAUCGAAGGGAGAAGACGGAGUUCAUCCUCGCCCAGGUGGCGCUCUGCAUCGAGAGCGGGGACUGGACACAGGCCGGCAUUCUCGCCCGCAAGAUCAGCACCAGAUACCUGUCACGGAAGGCCAAGAAGACGGCGGAACAGAUCGAGAAGGAGGCCAAGGAGCGCGAGAAGCGAAAGGCUCGAGGCGAGGAGGUACCCGAGGAGGUGGUGGACGACACGACGGACCUGAAGCUGCGAUUCUACGAGCAGCAGAUCACGCUCGCCAAGCACGACGACAAGUAUCUCGACGCCUGCAAGCACUACAGGCAGGUCCUGGACACGGAGGCGGUCGAGGAGGACGCCGACAAGCUGCACCCGGUCCUUCAACGCAUCAUCUACUUUGCCAUCCUCGCCCCCUACGACAACGAGCAGCACGACCUCCUGCAACGCAUACACCGCGACGGCCGCAACGCCCAGGUGCCCCUGGACGCCGAGCUCCUGCGCCUCUUCACCGUGCACGAGCUCAUGCGAUGGCCCGAGGUGGCCAAGAAGUUUGGCCCGCACCUGUGCGGCACCGACGUCUUCGACGGCCAGGCCGGCCAGUCGUCGGAUGACAAGGCUCACGGGCGGUGGGAGGACCUCCGAAAGCGCGUCAUCGAGCACAACGUCCGCGUCGUGGCCAAGUACUACACGCGCAUCCAGAUGGGGCGCCUGACGGAACUGCUGGACCUGACGGAGGACGAGACGGAAAGGAACAUAAGCGAGCUCGUCACAUCCAAGACGGUCUACGCCAAGAUUGACCGGCCCGCGCGCAUCGUCAGCUUCGCCAAGACCAGGGACGCCGACGACGUGCUGAACGAGUGGAGCGCCAACAUGAAGAGCCUGCUGGGGCUGCUGGAGCGCAUCGACCACCUGAUUACGAAGGAGGAGAUGAUGGCACGCAUCCAGCCUACGAGUUCAAAAUAG